UUACAUCAAUUAAAUGCAUAUUUGAUCGUAGAAAAUCAAAAUCAAGUUGGCGCGAGUCCAGUAUUUCGCGCGGGCUGGAGGUAAAAGUUUUAGCGACUAAAUUUUGGUUCCUAAAGGUUCAUAUGUAGCGACUAAACCAAUUUAGUCGCGAAAAGUAUGAAUGCAGGGAAACCAAAUAAAAAAAAACCUAAUUCCCUAUUCUUCUCCUUUUCACCCGCACGUCGCCUUCACCCCGCCUUCACCCUGCCUUCACCCGCACGUCUGCACGUCGGCAUCGCCCGUUCGCCGGUUCGCCCGUUCGGUCAUCCCUUCGGCGUCGGCGUCCCAAGGAUACAAAAAUAAAUCUAUAAACUAAUCAAUCUAACUUGAUGAAGUACUUUGUAGGUCAGUUAAAAUGGACAAGAGUUGGAUGACAAUAAAAAAUAGAAUGAAGAGUAAAGAGUAUAGAGAAGGGGUGAAGUCCUUUAUUGAAUUUGCGGUGGCAAAUUUAGGCUCAGCAAAUGAUAUUUGGUGUCCUUGUGUCGAGUGCAUGAAUGACAAAAAACAAAGGAUUCAAGUUGUCAAGAUUCAUUUAAUGUUAAAAGGAAUCUCGCCUUCUUACAAGACUUGGGUGCAACAUGGAGAAUAUGCAAUUGAAGGCACAAUAUGAAAUUGCAUUACAAGCAUGUUAAGAACGUCUUACAUGUGGAUCCUUAUAGUCAUCCAUACGAACAUGUGACUCAAGAGGAUUGGCGCCACUUAAUUGACGAUGUGUGGAAAAGCAAAGAACACAAGGUGAGAUCAAAAGCUGGCAAAAAGAUUAGGAAAAAGCUUGAGUACAAUCAUUGUUCAGGAUCUCGGUCAUUUGUUGCAACAAUGACUAUACAGCCGGAGUUUAAUGGUUCUGAAAACCUUGAAUUUCCAGAAUUCUAUAAGAAAACUCAUACCAAGAAGAACAAUGAGUGGAUUGAUCCUAUUUGCGCCGUGAAACAUUCAAAGAUGUUGAGCUUGCGAGAAGAAUCUUCCUAAUCCGGUGUGCAAUUAACAUCAGAGGAGAUGUCUAGGCAGGCACUUGGAAAAAGGAAGAGAUACAUUCUUGGAUUUGGGGAUGGGCCGAAGCCCUCUUCAUCUUCUUCCACACCUAGUCGUGUGUCACAAGACCAUGUUGGGGAGUUACAGAAACUUAAAGCUGAGAUGGAGGAGAUGAAGAUGGAGCGUGAGAUGGAGCGUGAGGAGCUGCGGAGGCAAUUGGAACAGGAGAGGAGAGAGCGUGAGGAGGAAAAGAAAGAGCGAGAGGAAGAACAGAAGCAAAUUGCACAUCUUACAAGUUUGGUGACAGAGUUCUUAAAGGAAAAGACUCAAACGCAUAAGUCGUCUAUCCAUCAUGAUGGGGCCAUGUCAUCAACUGGUGGCACAAAUACUCGUUGAUACAUGGUGGAGUUAUGAGCAUGUGAAUCUAGUUUUUGGUACAUGGAUAGCUUUUGUUCAGAUGAUCAUGGUGGAGUUGUCUACAAGCAGAAAUCAGUUUUUUGUUUAUUCAUAUUUUUAUCUACAUGAUGGUUGUUUGGAUGAAUUGCAAGAUCAGAUAUUUUGGGAUUUUUAAUUUACAUUUUGAUGUGUUUGGUGAUGAUUAUCACCUUAACAUAUGGUAUGGAUGAAACAUUUUGAUGAAUGGUUAAUAGGUUUGCUUGACUUUAGACUUAUAGAUGAUGAUAUUUAUAAUGAAUGAUUAUGGAUUCUCCAACA